UUCUUAUAAAGACGCGGAAACAUUGCACUACAGCGCUCUCUCUCUCUCUCUCACAUGUUCCAAAAUGGUCCAACAUAGACCCACCACGUGCGUAACAUACUGCUCCCGAAAUCAUCGCCAUCACAUGUGAAGCAAAUUUACCGCGUUACGCCCCAUGUGUGCUUCUUUGAUCUUUCUUUCUUUCUUCAAUGGCCGCCGCCGACUCUCAUGAGAUCCAGCUUCGCACCACUUACUAACGUCCCUCUCUACUGUAUUCCAUUGACGGGAAUGGAUUUGUUCCUAAACGCCAAAUCGGUGCGUCUACGCAGCCACCACGACAAGUAUCUGGUCGCGGAUGAAGACGAAGAAUCCGUCACUCAAGACCGAAAUGGAUCCUCCAAGAACGCUCGAUGGACCGUCGAGUUCGUGCCUGGAUCUCAAACCAUUAUCCGUCUAAAAAGCUCUUACAACAGGUAUCUUACUGCUUCCAACCAGCCCUUUUUACUUGGGAUGACGGGUCGAAAAGUGAUUCAGACACUGCCUAGGAGGCUCGACUCAUCUGUCGAGUGGGAACCCAUUAGAGAAGGGUGUGAAGUCAAGCUCAAGACUCGGUACGGGAACUUUUUGAGAGCUAAUGGAGGAUUACCACCUUGGAGGAACUCGGUGACUCACGAUAUUCCUCAUAGGACCGCUACUCAAGAUUGGGUGUUGUGGGAUGUGGAUAUUGUGGAGAUUCAAGAGAAGCCCUCAGCGAAUAUUCAACACCCUCCUCCCAUUCCUCACUCAGAUUCAUUGGACUUUGAUUCACCUUCUUCAAUUUCAGGCAAAUCUGCCCACUUUUCAAGACAAGAGUCAAGUGAUUCUUAUGUGGGUUCCCCACCAAAAUCCGAAGGAAGGACAAUAUACUUCCAUGUUGCAGAUGAUAGUGGGGAGGUUGAUGAUGAUGCAAUUGAAGGGUACUCUUUUAGUUUCAAGGGUAAUGGUGUGGAUCAACUGGCUCAUAAAUUAAAAGAAGAGUCUGGCCUUGAGGAUGUUGUGGUGUGUACUCGGAGUCCUUUGAAUGGGAAGCUCUUUCCUCUUCGCUUGCAACUUCCUCCCAACAAUGCUGAUAUGCAUGUUGUGUUAGUUCCAUCAGCAUCAAAAGUGGCAAGAGACUUUGUAAAACAAGGAAUAAAUCCAUGAGCUACAUUGAGGGAAUGUCAUAGGUGUUUCAGAAUCAACAUGCUUUGUACAUCCUACUCAAACUCUUCAAAUAUAAGCUAGAAGUUUUCAUCGAGUCUCCUACAUCCCACUGCAGUUUUUCCAACGAUAAGUUGGGUAAAGUUCAGUAUUGAGUAAUGUUCCUGCUAUGAAAGAAGGUAAUCAUUUCAAGCUUUUCGAAUUCAAGCUAUAGAUGAUCUGAUUGCUUCUGUUCUAACUUCUCGCAGUUUUUAAUUUUGCUCCCUUAAGGUCUUGUAGAGUUAUUCUUGUUGCAAUUUGUUGCACGCUUCUUGAAUUGAAUUAUUGAGGAUGUUUUCAGCUCCUACUCUGUGAACUUGAAAUAAUUAUGUUGUUAUUGGCAUCUGGAACAUAAAACUUGUACAGCAGACUGCAGAAAUCAAGUGGCCUCAAGCAUUGUAAGAAUGGCAUCAUCCAUAUGAAAACUUAAUGUUGCCACAAACAAUAAAAGGUGACACAUUUCAUUGUCAUGUA